GAAAGAUUUAACUUCAUAACAGAACUAAAGGAGGUAUCCCACCCCGAUGUCAUGUGGUCAUAGUUUUUAACCCUGACAGUUAAAUGAGGAUUUAAUGAGUGAAAGCAGGUUUGUAUGAAGCAUGAGUUUGGCUGUGUGUGGACUGCAUUGUGUCCCAUCAACAAAGUAGGGGAAUGCAAACAGGGACGACCCUCCUCUUCUACUCACAUGACUGCAGUCGGAGCCAAGAAGGAGGAGAACGGUUCAACAGAGAGGGAGCAAUUGAGAGCAACAUCCAUGAAUCACACAGAUCCUCUCCUGGAGUCAAGCUUGCCUUGCCUCGUCCACUUCUUUGGGUAUCAGGUAUGAAGCUGCCACAGUGGUGCAUGAUGGGGGUAAUGGCGCUGCUGCUGCUGUGUGAGAUAGUCGUCAGUCAGCUGUGUAAGUCUCUCAUCACCAUGGCAGAUGGCUUCCAUACACUUUUCAUCCUCGUGUAUAUGGCUCUCCCUCAGACUGAAGGGAUCAUAAAACCUUGCCUUUCUUCCUUGGAUUCUUCUCCAUCUUCUCCACAUGACUCCUUCUCUUUAGGGGCUUUUCCUUAUCCUUUAUGUUCAGAUCCACCUGCUGGACUUCAACCCAGAGCUCCAUCUGACGGCGAGCAGCCCAACCAUGAUCCAGCUUCACUGGUUAACUCACACAAACAUAUCUCCCCAGCAGCUCCAAGCUGCACUUUGUCCUUCCCCAACAGCAGGAUCCAUGCUGUGGGUAUUUUCAUGUCCUCCCUCCUCCUGGUCUCUCUAUGUGUCUCCUACUUCUUGGAAAUAAUCAGUUUCAUGGUGAAGCCCCACCCGGUUCAGCGCCCCCUGCUGCCAGUGGUGGUUGGAGCUUGGAGUCUGCUCCAGAAGAUGCUCCUGUUUGUUAUGGACUGUAGUAAGCUGCUAGAUAAAAAGACAGAAAGCUGCAGUCAUGCUGAGAGUGAACGUCACCUUGAAAUAAACCACAAAGUCUGUGCUGCAGAGGAGUCCCGAGGCCAGGAGGAAGAGGAGCUCUCUGUUCCAUUCAAAGUUCAAACUGCAGCACACAACUGUCUCCACAGCGGGGCACUUGUCCUCUGCAAUCCAGGAACUCCCAACUUGCCUGACCUUGGCUGUAAAACUGAGCUACAGCUGCUGGAAAUAGGUGAAGGAGAGAGCAGUGCUGCAUAUUUAAAGAGAGAGAGUCCAAAGCACCACCCCUGCAUGGGACAUCCUGACUAUCAAAAUAAACCUGAAUGCUCUUCAGUUUGCAAGUUAUCGUCUGGAAGGAGCUGCCGUUGGCCCCACUGCCUCCUGUCCUUCGUCUUUGGUAUUCAGGGACUGUUAACAUCCCUCCUGGCUCUGAUCAACAGCCUGGUGACGGCGCUGGUCGUCCCACAGCUUCUGCACAGCUCUGGAGCCUGCAGUGUCCUGGUUUAUCUAGAUCCUGGCCUCUCCCUGCUGGCUGUCAUUACGCUGAUUGUGACAUCUCUACCACAGGUGUACAGAUAUGGCAUGAUGCUUCUUCAGGCAUCACCUCCAAAUAUAUGUGUCUCUGAUGUUGGACAGAGGAUUGCCAGUGUUCCUGGGGUGCAGGCUGUGCACGACCUCCACAUCUGGCAGUUAACAGAAUCGCUCACAGUGGCCUCCGUCCAUGUGCACUGCUACGCUGGGCUUCCAUUUAACAGGUGGGCUGAUCUGAUGUCAGGUGUCACCAAAGUGCUACAGAAUGUGGGUGUGAGCUGCUGCACUAUUCAACCAGAGAUUACUUCCUCUUCUUCCCCAAUCAGAGAAGAUGAAGACUCCACCUUCAUCCACAGGGAGGACCCCUCCUCUCCUUUUCUCCCACCCUGCAGUCUGGCCUGUGGGAAGGCCUGUGCUGCCAGUAUGUGCUGCUCCCUUCUGGAGGAGAAGAAGGAGGAGAUUCAGAGCACUCAGAGACCAACAGCUGGAGAAACAACUGAGGAGCCUCAGACUCUGGUCAUCGAGAACACAUUCUUCUAACUUUCUGUGUUAUUCCAAGGAUUUUUAUGCAUUUUCUUUCUUGUUUCUUUAUUUGUUACUGGAACCUCUUUAUUCUUCUAAAUGCAUGUGCUGAAGCUUAUUAAAUUACAGUUUUAAUAGUUAAUGUUCAUUUGACGCUUCUGAAAACUAAAUUAAAAAGGAUAGAAUACGG